AUGGGAAACUACUGCGCCAGCCGCUAUGUGUUGCGGCAGGAGACCAUUGCCACCAUGGACAGCAUCAACAACGACGAGAAGAAAAUCGCUACUAAGACAUCCGAAGAACCGUCUGCAUUCUCCUGGCUCGAUCCGCAUCCUACCUUCGUUGUCAUACUCGUUAGUCCAGAUGAAAUUCCGUUUGGCAUUCAGAAAGACUUUCUCUGCGCCAAGUCAAGUUACUAUCGCGAGUAUUUCGAAGCCAGUGCUGAAGAUGAAAAGGUAGAAUUUCUUGUCAAGCUUCCCGACACGCCGAUCGAGGCCUUCGCCUUCGUUCAGAACUUCAUGUACACUGGAGAGGUCUUUCCUAAUGCGCAGACAAUCCCGUCGUACGAGAUUCUGGUCGAUGUCUGGAAAUUGGGACAUAUUCUGAACAUUGAAGGCCUCUGUGACAGAACUCUGGAGGCGAUGUCGGAGGUUCGACGGCUCACUGACACGAUCCCCUCCACGCCUUUGCUGGUCCAGGUGUGGAAGGACACGCCAGAGGGCUCAUCCCUGAGGAAGCUACUCCUGAUGUGGGCUGCCGAGUACAUGAGAUCAUCGGAAUCACGCGCCGAGUUUGCCAAAUCCUUACCGCAGGAGGUUCUUAGUGAGCUGGUAGUGGCUAUGAGCUCCCUGGACACCACCCCCGUCGUGCAGGUCAACGGAUCUACGUCUGCAGGCCAUCAAGCCCGCAAGAAUGUGCAUUAUAUUGAGGAGGAGAGCGAUGAUGGCUAUGCUGCUGUUGCGAAGAAACAGCGAUACUCUGAUAUCCUACCUACCACAUCCACUCAGUCCACUCCCAAAGCAGGGCCCGGUCGGAAACCAGGUCGCAACUCCUUGCCGGGACCCAAGCCCCAAGGGAGACGUCGGUCGAACAACGCUAAUGUCGGAGAUCUCGAAUUCACAAUAGGGGACAAAGUGAGAUUCUGCGAUGAUCUUUUGAAUCGAAUGCUCUCUGGGCCUGGCUUCUGGACACGCCUCGUCGGCCCUUUCAAGGAGCCUGUUGAUCCCGCCACGGAUGGCGUCCCGGACUACCUGGACAAGAUUAAGCGGCCGAUGGAUCUUGGCACGAUGAAGGCGAAGAUGGACGCGCAUGGAUACACCAGCGACGAGGAGUUCCUCGGGGACAUGCAACAGAUGUUCAACAACUGCUAUACAUACUGGAAGCCCGGAGAUCCCAUGUAUAUCGCCUGCCAGAAGCUGGAGAAGACGUUCCAGGAGAAGUAUUCCCAGAUGAACAAGUGGCUGGCGAAGAUGGACGGGUUGGAGGAUCGCUGA